UCUCAGGAUGGGGCAGGCUAAGUGAGACUUGGCUGGGCCUCAGUUUCCUGGCUGGGAAGGCCCUGCCCCUCAUGCAGGGGACCCUGGGUCAGGACUGAGUCAUUGGUCUGUGCAAACAGAUUUAUUCCAAAACUCUUCUGUUUGGGGACUAGAGAAAGGUCUCUCUGACCUGCAGUGUCCUUGUGCCAGUCAGGGUCUUAAACCCUCCCACCUAUCCCUAUCCUGGGCUGUGUCAUUUGACUCUUACCCAAGCUCUAGGCCUGAAUUGGAGUCCUGGCACCACAAACCCCUCCGCACAGGGUUAGGUAUCUCAGUUGGGUACUGGAUCCUGGAGGGGUUCCCUCUGUGUGUCAGGCUGACCCAGAACGAUGUGGGCUGAGUAGGGCUGGUACACUUGUGCCACAGGUGCCAAGAGUGACCCAGUUGGACCUUGGUCACUACACCAAUAGGGCAAUGGUGUUUGCCAAACCACUGUCCUCAGUGGGGGCCUGUGGUCCUCAGAGGAUAAGGAAGGUGAAGUGGAGACACCCCCAGCCCCGAGCCGCUGGACUCUCAGGACCUCGCUGGGUUCAUGGACUCCCCACCUCAGUGCAGGAGCAGUAGUAGGCAAAGGGGAGGCAAAGGGAGAACUGGUGACGGCCCACUUUGCACAGGGAAUCUGAGGCCUGCAAAGCUGAGGACCAUGCCCAGAGCCACUCAGCUGGGGCUCAGCUGUCCUGAGACAGCCCAGGAGGCUGUGACACAGCAGACUGGGAACCUAGUUACACUCUUGCUGGCUGGGGAUACGUCCCCAUUCUCCGGAUGAGCAGACUGAGGGGCAGAAUCCUUUUGAGCUGGCCUUCUCUCUAGACCCAGGCCACCACAGGGACUCUGACUUCAGCCCACCGUACAUGCCCACCAGCCAGCCCAUCGACAUCCCAGAUGCCAAGAAGAGAGGCAAGAAGAAGAAGCGGUGCCGUGCUACUGACAGCUUCUCGGGCAGGUUUGAAGAUGUGUACCAGCUGCAGGAGGAUGUGCUCGGGGAGGGGGCCCAUGCCCGCGUACAGACCUGCAUCAACCUCAUCACCAACCAGGAGUAUGCGGUCAAGAUCAUCGAGAAGCAGCCGGGACACAUCCGAAGCCGGGUGUUCCGGGAGGUGGAGAUGCUGUACCAGUGCCAGGGACACAGGAACGUUCUAGAGUUGAUCGAGUUCUUUGAGGAGGAAGACCGCUUCUACCUGGUGUUUGAGAAGAUGCGGGGUGGGUCCAUCCUGAGCCACAUUCACAAGCGGCGGCACUUUAACGAGCUGGAGGCCAGUGUGGUGGUGCAGGACGUGGCCAGUGCCUUGGACUUCCUGCACAACAAAGGUGGGCCUAGGGCCUGCAGGGUCCCUGUUGGUCCCGGCCCAGGGCCAGCCCCACCCAUUGGAACCCCAUGUGGCUUCCCCCCAGGCAUCGCCCACAGAGACCUAAAGCCGGAGAACAUACUCUGUGAACACCCCAACCAGGUCUCUCCCGUGAAGAUUUGCGACUUUGACCUGGGCAGCGGCAUCAAACUGAAUGGAGACUGCUCCCCCAUCUCCACUCCGGAGCUUCUCACUCCGUGCGGUUCUGCUGAGUACAUGGCCCCUGAGGUGGUGGAGGCCUUCAGCGAGGAGGCUAGCAUCUACGACAAGCGCUGCGACCUGUGGAGCUUGGGCGUCAUCCUCUACAUCCUGCUCAGCGGCUAUCCGCCCUUCGUGGGCCACUGUGGCAGCGACUGCGGCUGGGACCGUGGCGAGGCCUGCCCUGCCUGCCAGAACAUGCUGUUCGAGAGCAUCCAGGAGGGCAAGUAUGAGUUCCCCGACAAGGACUGGGCCCACAUCUCCUUUGCCGCCAAAGACCUCAUCUCCAAGCUGCUCGUCCGUGACGCCAAGCAGCGACUGAGUGCUGCCCAAGUCCUGCAGCACCCCUGGGUGCAGGGGUGCGCCCCGGAGAACACCCUGCCCACGCCCAUGGUCCUGCAGAGGAACAGCUGUGCCAAAGACCUCACAUCCUUCGCAGCCGAGGCCAUUGCCAUGAACCGGCAGCUGGCCCAGCGCGAGGAGGACGCAGCUGAGGAAGCGGCCGCGGGGCAGGGCCCACCAGUCGUCAUCUGCGCUACCUCACGCUGCCUGCAGUUGUCCCCACCCUCCGAGUCCAAGCUGGCCCAGCGGAGGCAGAGGGCCAGCCUGUCCGCUGCCCCUGUGGUCCUGGUGGGAGACCACGCAUGACCCCUUCCCGGCUGCCCCUGUACAUAGGUUGCCCCUGCCCCAUCAGAUCUGAAAGGUUUUAAGCUACGGCCAGCAGGGGCCAGGGCAGCCCUCCCCUGUGGCUGCUUCCCCAGGCCCAGCUCAGCUGGGGGUGGAUUUUUAUAGAAGGUUUUGCUGUUCAUUUUUUCCCCCAGUCCCCCUCCUCCCAUCUUUUGUUUUUAUGUGUUUUGUCCUUUUAACAAUGUUCCAAACAAGUGCCCGGGGAGGAGAGCAGAAGCCUUGAGGCCGGGAGUCCCCCGCCACUGCCCCGUGAUGUUCACCUGUACUGUGAAGGUCUCCACCCCACCCAGUCACCUGAGCCCCUUCCUCCCACGUUACCUGCCUCCAGCCACUUUGCCGUCUUCCAACACCAGGGGGCGCACAGGGCCCCCAAGCCCCCUUCCCAGCCCUUGGUAUUUUCAGGAACGGUCCCCUCCACGCCCGAGGGCAGGGGGCGCCCCAUCUGUAGGCAGGGUGGAUGGCCACUACCCCUAUUCCUGAGCUCCCGCCUGCCCUCUCCCCGAAUUGACAAUCGGGGUUCUUCCCAGGCCUGUCUGAGCAGGCCCAUGCCAGCUGGUCAUGGCCUCUGACCUUGAGUUUAUACGACAGCUAAUUGGGGUCACAACACACCCCCAGGACUGAAGCUGGACCCUAGUGUCUGCCAUUUGCCCCUGUCCCCAGCCAGCCCCAGCAAGGUGGAUGGGGGGCUCACGCAGGUGUCCAUCUGCUAAUGUGGGGCCCAGAAGUGUCCCUACCCCCUUUGGGCACCCUAGUGCCCCUUCUCAGGGCUCAGUCUGGCCACAGCCAUGUUCUGCCCCACACUGCCCUGGGUCUGGCCUUUGAAAGCUCUGCUGCCCCCAUCCCCAUUCUUGGAGCUGGAGCUGGAGCUGGAGCUGGACUUGGGGUCCUCCAACAACUCUCCCACCAUACUCCCCCCAGGGCAGCAAUUUGGCUGUACCCUCAUUCAGGAAAUGGGCUGAAGCUGCCUCAGCCUCCCGUGGGGCACCCAGAAAUGGUCAGGGAGGGUCCCCUGGGUGCCCCCUACAUUUACCCCCAGCUCUAACCAGGCACCUGGUCAGCCUGCCUGAGGGCAGGGGAGCCUGGGCCACUCCUGUCCUUGGCUGGCCAUGAACUACUAUGCAAUACGAGUUCCCAUUUUCUACGUGCACGCGUGGCCCUGCAGGUUGGGGGGGGGCACCUGGGCCCCGAUAUGCCCUGCCCACCCUGGCCCAGGGUCUGCUCAGGUGUCUGGGCCAGGGCAGGGCCUCCCCCUUGGCCUCCAAAUCCGUGGUCGGGAUUGUUUGUUGUGUUUAGUUUUUUUAAAAAAGAAAACAAAAAGUAUCUGACUUGCUUCUCUGUUCUUGAAGAAUACUUGAAUGUCGAGGGGCCUUAUGGGUAGGGGGCUUGGACACUGCCGCCCCACCUUCACCCUCCCCCCAAGUCUCGUGUGAUUGUCAGUCUGGUGGCAGGCAGGGGUGACGUGCCCUCUCUGGUCCUCUGCCUGCUUAUAUCCAUGGACUGGCCUUUCCAAAGACCCGGGAGCUAGGGGAGCUGCCUGGUCCUGCCCCCCGCUUUCUUGCCCAUCUAUGGUCCCACCUGCCUGGGGGUUCUCAGCUUUCUCUUGUAAAAGAACAAAUGGACCUUUCCCCGCUCCAGGCACCGUGACCAUUGGAUUCCGGAACACAGGGCAAUGAGCAGCUUCUGAUUUUUGUGUUUUUUCUCCCAAGAGGUGAAACUGUCACUUUCUGUCCCCCGUGUCGCCUCCACACUGCGACAGAGAGGACUGGUCAGAACCGUUACUGUGAAUGAGUGGAUGACCCUGCAGCAGCAGCAGCGCUGGCUGGGGAAGGGGACAGCCACUGCCAACAUUGACGUGUUAAAGAAGACACACUUCGAAAAUUUUUUUAAAAGUGGGACAAGGACAUCCUAGCACUUUAAGCAGCGUUGUACCAGGUGAACAGAGCACAGAAGUUUUCCUUUAUACCAACUGUCAAUGCCAGAAUUUUGUAUUCUGUUUUGUAAGGAUUUAAUAAAAGUCAAAAACCUGG